GAUUGGGAUUGUACCUGUCGACCUUCAAGUUGAAGGAGCUGCAAUCUGUACGAUAUAGGAGGUUACCAGACGAUCGUCUGCCGCUCAGGAUCGUGUCGACAGUCGGAGGCACAGACUACUACCUUCAAGAGAUUCGUAACGUGAUCUGGACCGAGGAGGACAUCGAACAGUUGUGGCCAGGAGUCAAUCCAAGCAAUAUCAAGAUCCUGACACUCGAUGCUGGUCAAGCGUUCGUGGUUGGUGCGUAUGCCUAUCUACCUGAGGAUCCCGACGGUCACUACAACCUCGCGGUGAAUCAAAAGGCAGUUAUGCAACCUGUUUUUCGUUACAGGAGAUGGCUUGAGAAAGAAAAAAACUCAAAGGAGGGCAAUCAACCAGAGUCGAUUUCGGAAAUGGAGUCUCGUUUCCCACUACUUCGGGGUCCAGGCGCGAGCAUCACCAAGUACUGGGAGGCACUUGAACUAAAGAAGAAAGGCCCAGAGGAUGACGACGAGGAGGAGGAGUCGAAAUGUCCAGCAGGAGAACGACUCUUGGAGUUCUAUGCUGGAUCCAACAACAGAUUCAAAAAGCAUGGUUGGGAUUGGGACAGGGCGAAGCAAGCAGAAUACCAGGCUAUUGCGGCGAGUCUGUUGGGUAUCGUAGGCGGAAGCAUUGGCCAUCCCCGGGACCCAGCCAAUCCAGUCUUGAUUGGCGUUGGUCUUGGUCAGUUCAAGAGUACAGGGCGCAUUUCGUCCCUCCAUUCAACCUUCCUGGACUACUUUAUCCCAUUGGCCCGGUCAUUGGGGUAUAUUGUUGUGGGACUCAACGAGUACUAUACCUCAAAAAAGUGCCCUGAUUGCCAAAACUUUGUGGCACAGGUGACCCUCCGCGAACUGAACUGUCCACACUGCGAGCAUUAUCACCACAGAGAUGCGAUGGCGGCUGAGAACAUGUCCAGGAUUGUCAGAGGACACCUGGAGAAGCAGGAACGACCUCUUUACCUACAGCCCAAGACGGCCGAUGGACGGUACCCUUGGCAGGAGGACCCAAACAUGAACUCUUCCACAGUUGGCACCAGCAACACCAACAGCAGUGCACCAACGACCAGCGCCAGUACAAGCACCGGUGCUCUCCCCCGUGGUCGCAAGAGGACACCAUCUGUAUCGAACAAGCCAAGAAAGCCCGGGAAAAAAGCAAAAGAGUUUUAGUAUCAUAGUUAAGACUAGUUUUUUGUGUGUCCGUGUUAAGGAGGGCACCUAUU